AUGGCAAUGGCACCCGAAGCUGGCCUGGUGAACUAUCAGGUCGACCCGAUCACUCUCCCCGUCAAACGCAUGUUGGCACUUGGAAUCGAAGGUUCAGCAAACAAACUCGGCGUCGGAGUGAUCGAGCACCUUCCUAGCGGCCAGAUCAACGUGCUUUCGAACUUGCGCAAGACAUACGUCACCCCUCCCGGGCAUGGCUUCCAACCCGGGGACACUGCCAAGCACCAUCGAGAUCACAUCAUCGACUUGGUACAGCGCUCAGUCAAGGAGGCCGGCUUAGAACUAUCUCAACUGGACUGUAUCUGCUUCACAAGAGGCCCCGGGAUGGGCUCGCCCCUCCAGACCUGCGCCCUGGUAGCUCGAACGCUAUCAUUACUAUACGACUUGCCCUUGGUCGGUGUCAAUCAUUGUGUCGGUCAUAUCGAGAUGGGCCGGUUGAUCACCCAAUCUAUGAAUCCAAUUAUCCUCUACGUCUCCGGUGGAAACACCCAAAUACUUGCCUAUUCCAACCAUCGAUACCGGAUCUUUGGCGAAACCUUGGACAUCGCGGUCGGCAACUGUCUGGACCGUUUUGCACGCGUCAUCGGACUGUCUAACGAUCCCAGCCCCGGGUUCAACAUCGAGCAAGCCGCCAAACAAGGCCGAAAAUUGAUCACCCUGCCGUAUACUACCAAAGGGAUGGAUAUCUCACUCGGAGGAAUCCUCACCAAAGCCGAAGAAUACACAAAGAGUACGAAAUUCAGACCGAAACUCGAUGGCCUCAGUCACCCAUCCGAACCCGAUGAUGUAUAUUCUGCCGAUGAUCUGUGUUUCUCGCUACAAGAGACGGUAUUUGCGAUGCUGGUAGAGAUUACCGAGCGAGCGAUGGCCCACGUAGGUGCGACUGAAGUGUUGAUCGUCGGUGGGGUAGGCUGCAAUGAGCGAUUACAGGAGAUGAUGAAGACAAUGACCGAGGAACGCAACGGGAAAAUCUUUGCAACCGAUGAAAGAUUUUGUAUCGAUAAUGGGAUCAUGAUCGCUCAUACCGGCCUACUCCAAUUCAGGAUGGGCUUCACAACACCUAUUGAAAAAAGUUCUUGCACUCAAAGGUUUCGGACUGAUGAGGUACUAGUGGAUUGGAGACAAUAA